CGCACAGUUUCCCUCGUGCUCUUGUUUCCCGCCAGCCGCGCGUGUUGCGGCGCAAUCAUGGCGGACGUGAUGGAGUUGCCCAAGUCGCGCAUCAACGCCAGUUUGCUAGCUCAGUUCAUCGAUCGGCCCGUCUGCUUCGUAGGGAGACUGGAAAAGAUUCAUCCCACUGGAAAAAUGUUUAUUCUUUCAGAUGGAGAAGGAAAAAAUGUAACCAUUGAGUUGAUGGAGCCUCUUGAUGAAGAAAUCUCUGGAAUCGUGGAAGUAGUUGGAAAAGUAACAGCCAAGGCAACCAUUAUGUGUGCAUCUUAUAUCCAGUUUAAAGAAGAUAACCAUCCUUUUGAUCUUGGACUUUACAAUGAAGCUGUGAAAAUUAUCCAUGAGUUCCCUCGGUUUUUUCCUUUGGGAGUUGUGCAAUAUAAUUGAUCUUGAUGAAUUUUUUAUGCUUACAAAGGAGGUACAUUGAAGACCGUUAAAGGAGCCUGCUGGUAUUUGAGGGAGAGAUUCCUGUGAUUUUUAAUAUUUUGUUUGUUCUUUUUUUAAAUGUGUUUGCCUAGCUUUAUUAGAUACUCCAGUAUGCCAUUUUUAAUGGGACUGGUGUAUUAACAGUUGUCUCCUAAGUCUUCAUAAAGAAUCACUUCUCCAGUGUAUGGUCACGUCAGAUGUAAGAACAAAGCAGUUGUCUGAGUUGUGUUUUCUGUUUUAUUAAUAAAAGUUUAAAUGGUA